CAUUUAUUUCUUCUUUUUUAUUAUUUAUUAUUUUGGUCUAUAUUAAAAACUAUAAUGGAUGGCAGAAUCCAGUCUCACAAUUCAUCCAUGCCUCUAGUGUCCAGGUUGGAUCAUUUGGAUUUCAUUGUAAGUUUAAUCAAUUUCUCUGCACUCAUUAUUAUUUAAAAUUUUCUAUAUUUUAUUAGCAAUAUCAUGGAAAUUAUUAUCCUUUGCUACUCACCCUUUUAAUUAAUUAUUUUGUUAUUUUAUUUUUUAUUUUUGGAAUAUUUGGGGUGUGACCUAAAGAUGAAGUAUCUGGAAAGAAAACAAAAGUUUGCAAAAUUGGGUAGCAAUGGUUCGAGUGGUGCAAAAUUGAAGGGGCAAUGCCUGCCAAUGGAUUUGGCAUUGAAGGAGACUUACUUCAAAGGCUCACUCUUGGAUCGAGUGGCAGCUCUUGAACAUAGGCUUUUUCAGUUGUGCUUAGAGAUGGAUUCAAGCAGCAGCUCAUCAUGCACUUCUACACAAGCAUCAGGGAAUACCUAUUGGAGCCAUGGAUCCAAGGGGGAAUCAUCUUGCUCAUUCCCAACUUUCACCUCCAAUCCCUAUCAAGGUCACAAUAAAAGAAUAUCCCAAGUCCAUGCCACCAGGCUUGAAAUUGAGGAACAACCUGAUGGAGAGCACCCAGACCAGAAGCCUCCAACUACUUGUUCUGCUCAAACCCAACUUAUUAAGAAGAAGAAGAAGAACCAGACCAGCAAAGAUGAAAAUCCUUGCCCAAAUGGGAAGAAGAAAACCUCUUCCAAUUGGCCAUACUUGAAAUUAUUAGGCUGCUAGUCCCACUACUAUUUCUUUACCCUAUUUUCACCUGUUUUAAAUAUUUUAUUUUUUAUAAAUAUCUUCCUUGGAAACUUAUGCUUGUUAUCAAUAAUCAGCUGCUACAAAACAAAAACAUUAUAAAACUU